AUGACAUUGGAACAGGACGGUGGAGGGGAGGUUGAGGAAAACGUCUCGGAUCUCGAAAGGGACAUGCAACUGGCUUUCGAAGAGCAAGAGGAGUUAUUAGGUACCUCUCCUAGCUCCUCACAUCGUCUCCCGUUUGAAUCACAUCCUCCGAUUGAUCAGGAUUGUGACCGAGGCUGGUUAGAAGAGCUCCGUGCCAGCUCGCGUCUCUGCAGUCAGGAGAAGGAGAAGGAAGGCCCGCGCGAGCAAGAACAGGAGGAGAUGGCAGCAGAUGAGAUAAGGCACAAGGUACCGGAGCAGGAACUGGAGGAGGCCGACGAUAGUGACGAUAGUGGGAAGCGCGAGCAACGCGGAGAAAAGCGGCAGCACCAGGACAGAGAAAUCAAUAGCGGCAUCCACCAUUCCGAGAGCAGCGACUAUGGUCAUGACACAAACAACAAUGAUGACGAGGACGACGAGGAAGACGAGAACCCACGACCUACGACGCGGCGGAGACUGUCCCCAGCGCCGCCUGAUAUGCCUCCAACGCCACCCCUUGAGCAGAGCUCACCAAAGCCGCAUUCCCUGGCACAGGCUCACAGCGCGACGCCAUCCUCAACCACGCAAUUUGAGAUCGGCAAUGCGCAGUCCCAGACUAAUCUUGCUCACCCGCCCACGUCCAUAAAUAACGACCACCACUUCACCCCACCAAGCUCUCACAGUCCCUCAGAUACGCAGAAGUCGGCAUCAGCCGCGGAGUAUCAGGAAUGGCCCUUCCAAGGUUUCCUGAAGCGCGUUACGAUUGGCAAUCAGAUCACAUCCAAUCUCAAGUUUUCGUUGUCACAUGUCCCUGAGCACUUGAGCCUCUCACUUCAUUCAGAAGUUUUAAGCACUAGCUCUAGGGAAUUGUCAGUGGAGGCUGCAGUCUCUCGCCAGGCUGUCACUUCUCGCAAGCCGGGCAAGGAACCGACCAAGAAUCAAGAGAGUCUGUUGGCUAAGAUGGUCCACGACGACAAGACCUGGGCAGAGAUAGGACAGCAUUUCCCAGGCCACACACUGCAGUCACUGAAGGAGAACUUCUUCACGAAGCAAGGGGGGAAGCCUCGGAGGCGGGGUCGAAAGGCCGGGGUAAAGGUUGUUCGUGUUUGA